AUGGAUGAUCUCUCGGGAUUGGACUGGUCGUCGUCGUCGGCCAGCAAGCCUGGCAACAAGGCGCCGCCGAUGAACCCCUCAGGCGCCAACUACUUUGGCUCCAUGCCCAUGCGACAGACGACGGCCUCGACGCCAUCCCCGUUCCCCUCCGGCCGCAACACGCCACUGUCCGCCCAAGGCUCCGGAGCUGUCCCCGCCGCAGCUCAACCCCCGGCCGCGAAGCCGGCGGGCGACAGCUUCAGCAACCUGAUGAACUUCGCCGGCGGCCCGCCAAAGUCGACCGCGAACCUGAGCUUGCGCGAGCAGCAGCAGCGACUCGAGGCCGAGAAGAGAAAGAAGGAGGAGGAGCGAAGGAAGCAGGCGCAGGCGCAGUUCGGAGGAGGAUUCCUGGACACUCUCGGCUCGGGCUCCGUGUCACGGACUACGUCACCGGGCAUCCUGUCCCCUGGCUCGUCUACCAGCAAGAAGGCCAGCGACGACGACGAUCUCUUUGCGGCGUUCAACGCGGAUACAAAGGUUGACAAUGCUAGUCACUACCCACCGCCGCCUCAAAAGAGCCCCUCGCCCGCACUGGCGCAAACGCCUGCGCUGGAUCUCAGCAAUCCGAGCGCGUGGAACAAGCCUGCCGCCCCUGCAAACAAUGGUGGCUUCGGAGACGACGAUGACCCAUUCGGAUUGAACCAGCUGAAACCCAAGGCUUCAUCACCCGCUCCACCUCAAGCAGCCGACGACGACGAUUUCCUCGGUGACCUGGGCCGACCUGUGGAGGAGGUCCGUCGCAAGCAGCCACCGCCUCCCGAGCCCAAGCGGCCCGAACCCGGAAAGCCGAUUGAGGCGUCUGAUUCCAGCUCCGACGAUGAGCAGCCCGCCCCGCGCGGCGAGAUGGCCGAGUUUGAUAAGGCUGUCGCCCAGCUUGUGGACUACGGCUUCACCCCUGAGAAUGCAAGGCGGGGUCUGACGGAGAGUGGUGCGGGGUUGAAUGUGCAGGCGGCGGCGAACUGGCUUCUGGACGAUGCCCAUCGCCAGGCCAAGGCCAAGGCUCAGGGCAAGGACCCCGCGGCAGCGUCGAGAAGAGGACGGGAGGAUGGAAGGCAUGAUAGUCAGCGGAGAGCCGACACACGGUCGCCAGCCAGCGGCGAACCAGACUUCUCCAAGACUGCCGCUGCUGUGGGCAGCAGUCUGUUCAAGACUGCCAACUCCCUCUGGAAGACCGGCAAAAAACAAAUGCAGCAGGCUGUCGCGGAGUUCAACCAGGAGGGAGGCGACCCGAAUCAGCCCAAGUGGAUGCGCUCCGCGCAGCAAGACCGUACUCAGGCUCCCGAGAAGCGACGCGUGGAAGCUACGGACGAGGCUAUGAUGUUGGAGUCCGGUGGCCGUCCACCCAGGAAAGCUGGCCAGUCGUCGCAGUCAUCGAGACCGGAGCCCCCUCACCGAACUGCUUCUCCAAGGGACUUCUCCCCCGCAACCUCGGCACCUUCGAGCGGCAGAGGUACUCCAGUUCCGAAGUGGCAGCAGCAGGCUGGUCCGGCGGUGCCCGAUUCGAGAACGCGCGCAAGCAAGCUGGCCAUGGCAGAUGACAGUGCAGCGUCGUAUGUUAGUCCGCAUAGAAGGAAGAAGGCUACCCCUCAGCCUGAAGAAGCACCGCCAAAGCAGGAGGAGCCAGAUCUGCUGUUCAACUCCCAGGCCCCUGCAUCAAGACCCGUUCAGUCGCAGCCGAAGCCACAGCAGCAGCGCCCCGCGCAACCCUCCCAGCCUGCCCCGGCACCAAGGCGCCCCCCUUCGCCCAAACCAGCUCCCCGGCCUGCGCGCCAGAUCCCACCCAUUACUCCAGCAGCCAUACAGCAAUCCACGAAGCACCGCCUCGAUGGAACAGCUCACUUCAAGCGUGGUGACUAUGCCGCUGCUCAUUCCUCAUACUCGUCGUCCUUGUCUGCCGUACCAGCAUCCCACCCCUUGGCGAUCGUCAUCCUCACCAACCGUGCCUUGACGGCUCUCAAGACGGGCGAGCCGAAACAAGCCGUCGAAGACGCCGACUCUGCGCUCAAGAUCAUCGGACCCGGCGGCGGCCAGGGCGAACAGGUGUCCGUCGUGGGCGACAACGGCGGCGACGAGAAGCGCGACAUGCGCGAUCUCUACGGCAAGGCGCUUAGCCGCAAGGCCGAAGCUCUCGAGCAGAUGGAGCGCUGGGGCGACGCGCACGCUGUGUGGUCGACCUGCGUCAAGAACGGCGUCGGCGGCGCCACGGCCAUCGGUGGCCGUCAGCGCUGCCAGAACGCCCUGGCGCCGAAACCGAAGCCGAAGCCCAGGCCCGCUGCUGCUCCUGCGCGGCCCCGUCCGGCGGCUACCCCGGCCAAGAGCUCUGAGGCAGUUGACCGGCUGCGCAAGCAGAACCAGGCGGCCGCUGCAGAGGACGACGAGAAGUUUGCGCUGUCGGAGAAGGUCGAUGCUAAGAUUGCGGCGUGGAGGGACGGCAAGAGGGAUAACCUGCGCGCGCUCAUCGGCAGCCUGGACCAGGUGCUCUGGGAGGGCAGUGGGUGGAAGAAGGUGGGAUUGCACGAGCUCGUCAUGGCGAACAAGGUCAAGAUCAACUACAUGAAGGCCAUUGCCAAGUGCCAUCCCGACAAGCUCCCACAAGACGCCAGCACGGAGGUCAGGCUCAUCGCCGCAACGGUGUUUGCGACCCUGAACGAGAGCUGGGACAAGUUCAAGUCCGAGAACGGACUGUAA